CACUCAAAUGGUUACGAUGACACAUGUCGAAAUUGCAGUUUCCUCAAGAUUUUGAAAAUGAAACAUUGAACUUUUGUGUGAAAUUAUUAUGUAUAGGUACCUGCUGUAAUGUAGAAAUCAUCUCGGGAUGUAUAUUUAUGUAUUUUUAAAAGAAAUACUUUGAUAUCGUCAAAUGACUCAGAAUUACUGUCGAUUUUGUCAAUGUGUUUUUAAUUAUACUAAUAAAUUGUUUAUUUUUCUAAAAUACCAGUGUACAUGAUAUUCGUUUAGUAAUAAUAUGUUACAAAAGAUUUGAUUUUCUUUAAUUUUUAACUUUAUUUUGUAGAAAAAUACAAAGUAUGGAACUUAUAAAUCUUUAUCAAAAAAUUAAAUACUUUAUAAUUAAUAUUUACGAAUAUUUAACUAAGAUUCAAUUUUUUUACAAUUUUUACUUUAUUUUAUUAUUAAUAAAGUGAGAUUCUCUUUUUUCUCGUUGGAUAGUCCUAUAUAUACUACAUACUUCUGUAAACAAUAUAUAUGCGAUGGAAAGUGAUGCAGGCAAGUCUAGUACAGUUUCGUAGUUCAGGUCAUAACCUAGAAAUUUCGGUCGCGAAUGCAAAACGUUAGUAGCCGCCGCGAUGGUAAAUGUUCAGAAAGGAAUUUUAGUUGAAUGCGAUGAAGCUAUGAAACAAUUUCUACUGCAUCUGGAUGAAACUUUUGCCUUAGGAAAAAAAUUCAUUAUUCAGGAUUUAGACGAGAGACAUUUAUUCAUAUCCCAAGAUAUACUAGACACUUUACAAACCAAAGUAGAUGACUUGAUGGAUCGCAUUUCAUUUCCAAUAACUGAGAGAGAAGGAUAAAGAUUCAAAGAUUGAAUACAUUUUAGCAUAAAGUAAUAAUUUUGUUAACGCAAAAUGGCUGGACGAGAAUCAGGAAGAAUAAAAGAUGCAAUCCAAAAGCGCAUCCUUGAUGAGGAUUCUAGAAAGCGUAGACAGAAAAAAGCUUUGGAAGCUUUGGAGCAAGAUAACUUUCACGAAGAUCCUCAUGCUGAUUUGGUUAUGAGCAAAAAAGCCCCAAAGUUUCAAGAAGAUAACAAAAAUACAUCUAGAAAAAGAAAGACACGAUCAGCUGAAUAUUUCAAGCAGAGGUUUAGAAAAAAUUUUCUUCAACUUGUAGAGGAGGAUUUAAACUACAAUAGUAAUGGUCCUAACUACAGUACAGCACAAGCUCCACCUUCAUGCUAUCCUGAAAGACAUUUUUGUGCUGUAUGUGGUUUCCCAAGCACCUACACAUGUAUUCCUUGUGGAGCUAGAUAUUGUUCAACUAAAUGCCUUGGAACUCAUCUUGAUACACGAUGUAUGAAAUGGACUGCGUAAAAUUUAACUGCCACAAUUUAAUGUAAAUUAUUUUAAGAGUACUUUAAGUUUUGUAAUAAAUUGGUUUUGUAAGCAAAUUAAA